AUGCACAUACACGUCGAUGCAAAAAUAUCGGACGGUACCAUCUCAGCUGCAAGGCCUAUAAGCCUCACCAGCAAGCUUUGCAAGAUGAUGGAAUGCUUUCUGAAGCGAGCUAUUCUAGAUCACCUCACUUCCAGCAAUCUGAUAUCUCCAGCCCAACACGGAUUUCUCACAAACCGCACUUGCGUAACGAACAUGCUCGUAAAUAUGGACAGCUUAACUCAAGCCAAGGACGAAGGACUCAUAUCGGAUGCCAUAUUUUUCGACUUUUCAAAAGCAUUUGAUAGGAUCCCACACGUCCCGCUGCUCCACAAACUCGAGUCUCACGGGAUUCAAGGGAAAAUCCUUCGCUGUAUCAAGGCACUCCUCUCAGACAGGUCAUUCCGAGUGAGAAUAGGCUCAGCCUACGCCUCUUCAGCGCCGGUCUCCAUUGGAGUUCCUCAAGGUUCCGUCUUGGGACCACUCCUGUUUCUGAUCUACGUCAACGACCUCCCAGACGUUCUUGCGAGUCCAUGUCUACUUUUUGCGGACGACUUUAAAUCCUGGAGUUCCAAUGCCAGUGCCUCCCAAAUGGAUAUAGACGCUGCCAAGCAGUGGUCGUUGGACUGGCACGCUCCUCCGAAUGAUGAAAAGAUAGAUGCCAAAAAGGAUUUGGGCAUUUGGGUCUCCUCAAACUUGUCCUUCUCACUGCACCAUGAGAAAUCGGCCCGAAAGGCAUUCGCCAUUUCGUGGAUGAUCCGACGCACCUUCUCCCGUAUUACUCGCAUGGACUUCCAUAUACUCUAUGGGGCCUAUGUCAGACCGCUCCUGGAAUACGCCAACCAAGUUGUCUACUCAGGACGUACGAAAGACGUCACUCUCAUUGAGCGUGUCCAGCGGGCCGCUACGCGAAUGGUUGCCGGCCUCAAAUCCGUGGACUACGAAACGCGUCUCGCGAUGCUUGAUCUCUUUCCCCUGGAGUACCGUCGCCUCCGAGGGGACCUAAUUCUGACUUACGCCCCGUUUGAACAAGGCUUGAAAAACAGGUUUUUCAACGUUGACCCAGCAAACACACGGCGGGGGCUUAUUUCAGUCAUAUCACAACGUGUGGAUCCUGAACCUUUAAUGGAUCUUACCGCCGAUUGUGACCUGGCUGUCAAGUUGAAGCAUUUCAUUUCAUGUGACCCCCUCAAGUUGGAUGAAGGUGUUCCAGCAUUUUUAAUCGAUUUACACAACAUCAUCCAUGACCUGGACAGACAUCAAUGGUUACCGGAGCUUUUGGAUUGUGAAAGAUUUGUCGAAUUUUACGAAAAGCAUAUAAAAUCUGUUAUCAAGGAAGAUCCAACUGGAUAUCAUUCAAAUACUAGCCUAACCGUCGAAAUAAAUUUUCUUGUUCAGAGCAUCACGCAAAUCCGAAGCACGUUUUGUUCUAAAUUAGCGUCGAGGCAAAUACCACACUGGUUAUUCCAACUGAUCAAACUCCCAAGAAACAAUCCAUGCAUCUGUCUACUUCAAAAACAGGCUCGUCUUCUGACAAAUUACAGUUUACGAAUCUUGCUGAAUAUCCUACGGCACUACCCGAGCAUGAGAACUUCAUACAAAAAGUCUGGUGGUGUUAGGACGCUUCUGUCUUUCCUGAGUGUCUGGAGCGUGGACGGAAACCAACGCAUCAAUGUUCGAGCCGCAAGUUCCUAUAUGCCUGUGCGCGUAACCGCCCUACUCUUGUUGUCUAUAUUGGUGAACGAAGAUGAAAAUGAGGAGUUGCACCGGAAUGAUUCCUACAUCAGUGUUCUUAUUAGAGCUUUGAAUGAUUCUUUGAAUUUGCACCACAAGCCCCCCCUCUAUUCUCCCUCUAACGAGCGUGCAGCAGAUGAGCUAUUGGUGGGUUUGAAGAAUAUUGCUGGUUUGGAAACAAAUAAGAAAUGGUUGGUGGGUUGCGGCGCGGUGGAUGUAUUGAAACUCGCUUUGGAUAUCGCAUUUGAGCUCAAAUCUUCAGUGCCAAACCCCACGACCUGCACUGGCUCAGACGUUCUGGCAGAAUUGGCUCUGGAGUGUUUGUGGUCUCUAGCGUUCGAACCACAAGUUUAUACUCGUCUGGCGCACGAUCUGGACUUAUCACAGCGACUGAAUCGGUUUUAUGAUGACCAUCUGUGGUCUUAUGAUUGCUGCCGAACUUCCCGAAAUAUUAUGCAUUUCUUGACAGACCCACGAUUGCUAUCUACCUCGUGGACCGCUGGUGAGCGAGUGCGUGACGAUGGUCACUCGCAGGCAGGUCAAUUGGUAGUUGUUUACGAAAAAGGUAGAAGGCGAACCAUGUUAAAAUUGCGAAAUCAGCUGGACCGGGCAGGAUAUUUGGUAUGGAUGGACUUCGAAAAUACGUGCACCGUAGAUGUCGUGGCGCGGGCCAUUUCUCGGGCGUCUGGAUUAAUACUUGGCUUAUCACACGCCUUCAAACUCUCUCCUUACUGUCGGUACUUGACGCAGUAUGCUCACAGUUUGGGUCUCCAACCAUUCCCUGUCCAUUUGGAACCUGAUUAUAAACCGGAUGGCUGGCUCGGACUUUAUACAGCUACCUUCAUCUACAUACAGUUAACGGACGAUAGCAUGCUUUCUCAAGCCGUUUCACAGCUGGUGUCUCAACUAGGCAACGUGGGUCUUCGACGUUCCUGUCCUCGUUCGGCACCUGUUUCACCUUUGUCCAGGCACUUUUCUAAAGAACGCACCCAACCUAUUAAACCAGCUCAAUCGUCUUCAUCCAGUAAAAAGAUGCGUCUGUGUAUCGACACACAAACAUCGUUACGGACGCAGGAGCCUCUUGAAUCGUGCGAAACCUCCUCAUUAUCAACGACGGAACAUUCCAGUUCAUCUUGGCUGCGGAAUGGUUGGACUAGUGCUACGCCAUCGAUUUCACGCCCUCUCUUAGCCCAAGAAACUCUAUGCUUUGAACGAAUUCGUAAGUGGAAUUCGGACCAAGUGAGCCAUUGGUUAGAGGAGAAUGGUCUUUCGGCAUUCCGAACUGCUUUCAGUACAGUGGACGGGCCCAUGCUUGCCGAACUGGCUCGUCUCCGUCUGUUUGCGCCCAAUUACUACCUCGCCAGUUUGGACCGUGACAUGGGUAUGUCGGUGAUGGAACAGCUCCGCUUAAGCGCCGCAUUUACUAAGUUGGCACUUGAGGAAGCACCUGUUCCCUAGUGAAUUUAUGGAUCAGCCUUCUUAUGCCCGGUUAGAAUUCAGUCUAGCCUGCUGUGUUGAGUCUCCCGAAUAUCGGCAUUUUUUCGAAAUAACCGAUGACUUUCUUCUCACCGCACUAUUCUUUGUUUUACUUUGCUUUUCAAUGCGCCACUGUUUUAACAUGACCAAAGAUUCCAUCUGCUAUGCAAUUUCUUACCAAAUCUGUUUGCUUAGUUUUAUAUCCGUUUUGGCCACUGCACUGUGACCGUCCUUUUUGAACCGCAAUUGGUGAAAUCGUAUUUUUUGGUUGCGUUGACCUUGUAGUGAUAGCCAG